AUGGACCAAGGCGGACGCAUUGCGUGUCUUUUCGUAUGCAUUUGUAUGAUUUUGCCAAGCAUUCUGAUUCCCAUUGGUGUAUAUCUCCAAAGCAUGAAGCCAAGAUGUUACAUAAAGGACUUUUAUGCUCCUGCCCUCAACACACACAUUCCUUCCAACGCCACCAGUAGCAACACUUUCAUUUUCUUUGAUCUCCAGCUUAGAAAUAUGAUGGUAGCCAACAGCUUGCGUUAUGGAGAUCUGAACCUCAGCCUCUUCUACGGCCUGAACGGAAAUAUUCCUGUUGCUAAUUAUACUGUGCCUGGAUUCAAACAGGGUGAGAAGAAUACAGAUGAUUGGAGAGACGUUGUGGAGACUCAUGGACUGCCUUGGGGUGAUGCUAUCAAAGCAGUUUCUAACGGUUCCAAAGUGGUUUUCAGGGCGGAUUUGGUCGCAGAUGUCAAGUUGAAACAAAUGUUUUGGUCAAAGAAAAAGAAGAUGGUUUUGAAAGCUACUGUCGAAGUCGAUGGCUCUGCCGAGAGAAUCAGAAACCCUAGUCGAGAUCAGCUAUUAUUAAGAGAUCCUACAGACAUGACAGAAUCAUUGAAGGCCUUAAUAUCUCCGAAGAAAUGUUCAGUCCCAACUCUUGUUCAAAUCCGCAACUUGCAAAUCCUUCUCUCCAAUGCUGCUUUACGAAGAAAUCCUUUGACUAUCAGUGAAUCAGAAAGUGCAAUUUGCGAUAUGGCACUUUUACUCUUCCAAGGCCAGCGACUCCACUAUGACAGUGCUACCAUGAUCUUGAGGCUGAAGGCGAAGAUCCAGGGUCUUGAAGAACAGACGAGUUCCAUAAAUGAGAAAAGUUCGAAGUAUGGACAAAUAGCUGCUGAAGAAGUCCCGAAGAUUGUAGUAAAUUCAACAGCUUUGAGUUCCCAAAAUCCCGAUAAAGUAGUCUUCCACCUCGUGACUGACGAGGUGAAUUAUGCUGCAAUGAAGGCCUGGUUCGCUAUAAACAGUUUUAAGGGCGUGACUGUUGAUGUUCAGAAGAUAGAAGAGUUUACCUGGUUGAAUGCUUCUUAUGUUCCUGUUCUUAAACAGCUUCAAGACUCCAACACCCAGAAUUACUAUUUUUCUGGGAGCACUGGUGAUAGCCGGACGCCAAUCAAAUUUAGGAACCCUAAAUAUCUAUCCAUGCUUAACCACCUAAGGUUCUAUAUACCAGAAGUAUUUCCCGAGUUGAAGAAGGUGGUAUUUCUUGAUGAUGAUGUUAUAGUUCAGAAAGAUCUGUCUUGCCUAUUCUGUAUAGAUCUAAAUGGAAACGUGAAUGGUGCAGUCGAGACAUGCAUGGAGACAUUUCACAGAUAUCACAAGUACUUGAAUUACUCACCCCCUCUUAUUCGUGAACAUUUCGAUCCUGAUGCAUGUGGGUGGGCAUUUGGGAUGAACGUUUUUGAUUUGGUCGAGUGGAGGAAAAGGAAUGUCACCGGCAUCUACCACUACUGGCAGGAAAAGAAUGUCGACAGGACACUCUGGAAACUUGGCACCCUCCCACCGGGGUUACUGACUUUCUAUGGAUUGACAGAACCGUUGAAUCCCACGUGGCAUGUUUUAGGUUUAGGGUAUACAAAUGUUGACCCUCUGGUGAUAGAGAAAGGGGCUGUACUACAUUUUAAUGGGAACUCCAAACCAUGGCUGAAGAUCAGGAUGGAAAAAUUGGCUCUCCCUUUUCGCUCAAAUAUUGAAAUGCAUAAAGAUUUACGAGCAAAUUAUGAGAUGACGCAGGGGAUCACUUAUGUUGAGAUUGGAAUUUUGGCGUUCCUCAUGAAAUUCUUCGACUACGUCGUUGAUUUCAUCCAACAUGGACUAAUGGAUGAAUUUUAUAAAGUUCAUGGGGCCAAAAAAAGGGUUGGAGCCAUGGCUACUUCAUUGGCUACAAUGACGGCACGCCGAGCUGCAACCUUCGUUCGGCUAUCAUCUCCCGGCUCAUCCACUCGAUCGGCCUCUCUGAUUCCCCGCCGUGGCCUCGCUGGCGCCGCUGAUCACCAUGGGCCACCUAAGGUUGAUUUCUGGAAAGACCCAAUGAGUCCAUCCAAGUGGAAGGAAGAGCACUUCGUGAUUGUCUCCUUAUCUGGCUGGGGUUUGCUUCUCUUUGGAGGGUACAAGUUCUUCACGGGAGGCAAGAAGAACAAUGAAGAGAAAUUGGUGGAAGCAACACAUUAG